AUGGCAUUUAUUAUUCCAUUUUUUUUACGUGUGGAAGAUAUACAUGGUAGUGAUUAUUCCAUUGUGUUAAUAAUGUUUUUCAUAUGUUUCAGGGCCCAGAAUUUGGAAGAUAGUAAGUUCAGAGAUCAAGAAGUUAUUGGUCUAAACUGCCAGAGCCCUGAGGUUGAUGUCAGUUGCUGGUGUGGAACAGAAAAAGACCUAAAAGUAUUUAUGCCUGCGCGUGGAAUGUUGUUUGAUCGUGAGGAGGAAAUGUUUGAGUUCUACAAAAAAUACGGUGAGGUAAAUGGAUUUCCUGUGAAGCGGAGAACAUCAAACAAGGACAAAGACGGCUUGUGCAAAUAUGUGACUUUUACGUGUGCUAGAGCAGGUUUGUUAAUUAGUCGUGCCAAGAAUAUUAUAAAUCAUCGUUCGAGCCAGAAGAGUGGAUGUAAGGCUCGUUUAAGAGCUCGGUUAUCUUGUGAAGGUAAAUGGGAGAUUACUUCGUUUGAGGAUUGUCACAAUCAUGUAUUGAGUCCCAGCCAGUCAAGAUUUUUUAUAUGCAAUCGUGAAAUCAACCCACAUGUACAGAGACAACUAGAGAUUAACGACAUUGCUGGAAUUAGGCCAAACAAGAGUCACAGUGCGCAAGUUAUUGGAGCGGGUGGUCAUGAAAAUUUGACGUUCUUACAGAAAGAUACACGAAAUCUAAUUGCUAAAGUGAGGCGUUUGCGGAUGGGAGAAGGUGAUGCGAAGGCAUUGCAAAGUUAUUUUGAUAAGAUGCAAUCUAAGAAUGAGGGUUUUUACUCUUUGAUUGAUUGGGACCAGGAAGGACGUAUGAAAAGUGUUUUUUGGGCUGAUCCACGUAGCCGAGCUGCAUGUCAUGAGUUUGGUGACGUUAUUACUUUUGAUACCACGUAUUUAACAAAUAAGUAUGAUAUGCCGUUUGCCCCAUUUGUGGGUGUGAAUCAUCAUGGUCAAUCGAUUUUAUUAGGAUGUGGGUUACUGUCUAAUGAAGACAUUGAUUCAUUUAUAUGGUUGUUUAGAACUUGGUUGUCAUGCAUGCAUGGGGUAGCUCCAAAAGGAAUUGUCACGGACCAAGACAAGGCCAUGAAGAGUGCAAUUGAAAUUGUUUUUCCUGGUAUUAGGCAUAGGUGGUGUUUGUGGCACAUUUUGAAGAAGGUGCCUGAGAAGUUAGGGUCUUUAAAGGAUUGCAAUCGUAUAACUUAUUUAAUUGGUGAUGCUGUUUUUGAUUCUCAGAGUAUAGAGCAGUUUGAAAGUUCUUGGAAAUUGAUGGUUGAGAGUUUUCGUUUGGAAGCAAAUGUUUGGCUGUCAUUAUUAUACGAGGAUAGGGCUAGGUGGGUGCCAAUAUACUUGAAGAAUUUUUUUUGGCAGGUAUGUAUGUCAACAACUCAACGAAGUGAGAGUAUUAAUGCAUUUUUUGAUGGUUAUGUGAACUCCAAGACUACACUAAAACAGUUUGUUGAGCAGUAUAAUAAUGCUCUGAGGGACAAGGUUGAAAAGGAAAGCCUUGCUGAUUACAACUCUAUUCACAGGCAGCUACAAUGUGGAACUUCUUUAGAUAUGGAAAAACAGAUUCUCAAUUUGUAUAAUGAAUCGAAGUUCAAGGAGUUCCAAAUUGAGCUGUUUGGGAUGAUGUACUGUGGGAUUAUAUUGGUUGAGAACAAUGCGGAGUUCAUAAUGUUUCAUGUUGAAGAAGAUAUUGUGUUUGGUGAGAAAGGUAGGAAGAAAAUUGUGUUUAGUGUGUUUUUUGAUGAAGUAACAUGCUCGGUGAAGUGUAGUUGUUGCAACUAUGAAUUUAGAGGAAUAUUGUGCAGGCACGCAACCAUUGUGUUGAUCAGGAAUCGUCGAUAUUUGGUUCCAGAUCAGUACAUAUUUAGGCGAUGGAGGAAAGAUGUUAGGCGAUGUCAUUCUCGAGUCAAAAUUAAUUAUGAGGGAUGGAUUAUCACAUCAGAGCAGCGCCGAUAUGAUGAGUUGUGUAGAUUGUUCACCUCCGUUGCAGACUUGGCAGCAAUGAGUGAAGAAAAAUACAAGUUAUUAAUUACCUUGAUAGAGGAUGCAUCAAGCAAAAUGACAACCAAUGUGGGUAAUCAUGUGUUGCCUGGGCCAAGUGAAAAUGAUCCGCUAAUUAGAAGGACGAAGGGACGUCCUCGUAGUUUGAGGAAGGAAAAGAUAUUUAAGAGGAAGCGUGUUGGCAAUGCUCGAGAUGAGGCUACAUCAUCAACCGCACCGACUUAA